GUCAUUCCCGAGGGAUAGGAGGAUGAACGAGUGAUGAACGACGGAUCACUGCAAUGACUGCCAUAAGGGCGCCCGCGCCUAGUACCCGCGCCGUGCUCCGCAAAGCGCCGCGCCUUUUAGCAUGUGGACGAGGUCGCUAAGCGUUCUGUUGAAGAGUUGCGACGUGCUUUUAAUCGCCUCAAAUCCGCGCCUUGAGUGACGAGGAGGACCAUGCUGCCAACUUUCGCGCGUUAAUCGCUUAGUACGCGCCAGUACCCACUGAUCGACUCGCUCUGAGGCCAAUCAGCAGCAGACGCUAGUUGAAUGCCGAUUCCGUACGGCUUUCAACGUUUCCGUCGUCGCGUGACGCCACUCCUUCAUCCUCAUCCGAGUAGCUCGUGUCCUCCAUAGUCCGCAACGUCAACGUCAACGUCAACGUCAACGUCAGUGCCAGCGCCAGAGUCAUUCAGAGCGCUGCCUGAUCUCGUAUCUGCUCCUCAUCCCUCCCCUCACCACUCACCCGCCCCUCACCGCGCGCCCGCCAGUGGUCGCGCGCGCCCAUGUGGCCGUGGGGGAGGCAGCGCCGCGGGGCGGCGUACGAGACGGUCCAGCACGACGACCCCUCUCCCACCUUCCGCUCCCGCUACCAGCAGCAGCGCGCGCGCAAGUCUGCGCGCGCGCCGGGCGCUGGCGGGGGGUUCACGUGCUGCUACGUGCCGUGCUCGUGCGCGACGGUUGUGAUUGUAACGGUGGUCGCCGCCGCGCUGCUGCUCUGGUUGGUCGGCCUCAACCCGUUCAGCCAUGCGACCACCCUAGUGUCUCGCAUCAAAGGCGCGCAAGGGGAGGGGGGCGCCCCAGGGGAAGGCGGAGAGGGGCUGGCGGCGGAGGGGGAAUGGACUGGCGCGGAGAAAGCAAGGGCGUGGAUGGGGGAGGGGGGGAGGGGGGGAAGGGGGGCACUGGGCAGGGGAAAUGGGCGGAGUGGGGAGGAGCGGGAGAGGAUAAGCAGCCAGACAAGAUGCUGCCUGCACCAGAUCUACCCGAUUCUUCCAGAAAACGCCCAAUUCCUGACCCUGACACACCCACAUGGGGGGCAGGGUCAGGGGGACGAGGUUCAGGGGGGCGAGGUUCAGGGUUGAAGCACGGCGAGGAGGAGGAGGAGGAGGUGGAGGAUGAGGAGGAGGGAGGGAGGAAGAGGAAGAAAAGCCCGAAGAAAAAGGCGCGGUACGGCGGGGGUCCGGAGGAGUGGGAGGAGGUGCACGAGAAGCUGAUCACCGAGGCCGACACCAUCGCCGGGGAGGCCCGCCUCGCCGCCAAUGAAGCCGAGAUGGCUGCUGCGACCGUGGGCGAGGGGGAGGACGCGGAGGAGGAUGGGGUGGACGAGGAGGAGCGGGAGGAGGAGGAGGAAGAGCGAGAGGAGGAGAUGGAAACGGACGGCUCAGAUGAAACCGAUGAGGACGAAGAGGAGAGUGCGAGCAGGGGGGGCAGCAGGAGGGGUCGCAGCAGCGUGUUGGCCAAGCGCAUACCGGGCACGGGGGUGCGGGGCGAGGAACAGGUGGGGCGGGUGCGGCGCCAGCUGGCGUGCCUAGCCGGGAGGGAGGGCGGGCGGUGGGCGCUCAACACCACCCCCAGGUGGCUGCCGUGGGACCUCACGGCGUCGCGCAGGCGGCGAUCGCAUCGCCAGCCCAACCACCGGUCGUGCGACCAGCUGUGGGCCAAGGAGGAGGGUGGUGUGUACGGCGCAGCAGCAGAGAAGGCACGGCGGCGGAGAGAAGCCAUGCGGUGGCGGGUGCGGCGCUCAGCUCUGUAUGAGUGGCAGUCGGGCGACGACUCGUGCCCGCUGCUGCCCUUCGACCGCACCGCCUUCUGCCGGGCCAUCCGAGGGCGCAACGUGGUGCUGGUGGGGGACGCGGGGGCCUUAGACCUGCAUGACGCGCUGCUGAACCAUUUGAUCACUGCUCACACACGCCGCAUUGCAGAACCGCUGGGGGAUGCAUGGGCCAACGCCACAGAGGGAGCAUGCUUCGAGGCGGGCCACCCCCUCUGCACCGACGUGCGCCUCUCCCCCUCCUCCUCGCGCUCCUCUCGCCUCCCCUCCUCCCACUCUCACUCGCGCACUCGCCCUCACUCCUCUCACAGCAGCAAGAGCAGCAGCAGCAAGAGGCAGCGGCAGCGGCGGGUGGGCAGGGAGGAGGAGCGCACAGGGGGAGGAGAGGAGGAAAGGCGAGUGGGGAGGCAUCUGCUGAGGUACGGGGGCGGGCCGGAGGAGCGGGACGAGGGCGAGCUCAGCAGAGGGGGGCUGGGGGAGGGCGAGGAGGAGGAGGAGGCGGGGGUGGGGUCAGCGGGGUUCAACAUGCGUGUGGUGCUCAACCCCUUCCUGGCGCCUGACACUGGCCGCACAUCCCCUGUGAACAACCGCUGGGUGAAGAAGCUCAGGCGGUGGCGCGCUGGCAUCCUGGUGCUGUCACGCACGGCUCGAUACAAGAGCAAGCGCACACUGCUUAGAGAGUUACGAGCCACUCUGAAGGCAGUGCGGCAGCGGCACCCCAACCUCCUAAUCAUCUGGCGCAACUCCCCUGCGCCGCACGACGACUGCGAGGACGCCACCCUGCCGCUCAGGCGCCGCCCGCUCUCCUCGCACCAGCGGUACCGCGAGAUGAACGAGCUGGUGAAGCCGCUGCUGGAGGAGCACGGCGUGGUGUACAUGGACGUGGAUGCCGCCACCUCCCUUCGCCCCGACGGCCACCACGUGCGGCGGGACGGGUCCACGGACUGCCAGCGGUACUGCAUGCCGGGGCCUGUGGACCAGUGGGUGGGGCUGCUAUUUAACCAGCUGGCGCUGCUCAACCAGCACACGCCCCUGCACUCCUCUUCCCCCGCUGCUGCUGCUGCUGGUUCUGACGCUCAUGCGCAUUCCGAGCCUACUGCAAGUGCAGGCAUGGGCACAGGCACGGGCACAGGUGCGGGCACAAGUGAAGGCAAUUCUUCAGGCAUGGCGGAUAGCAGCAAGAGCAGUGCAGGGGACGUUGGAGGGGGUAGUGGUGGUGAUGGUGCUGCAGCGGGUGCUGCUGGUGGUGGCGAGAGGGUAGCGGAUGGAGGGGGCACGGAGGGGAGGGGAGAGGAGGGGAAGGAGGGGGGAGUGAGGGAGCAAGGGGAAGUGGAGGGAAGUGGAGGAAGAGAGAGAGUAGAGGAGGGCGACUUGGGAGGGGAGAAAAUUGAUGAGGGGACCUUUGAGAGGGGGGAGGAGGAGAGUGAGGGAGAGGAGAGCGGCGAGGAGGAGGGAGGUGCGGGAAAAAGUGGUGGCGAAUUGGGAGGAGAGCGAGUGUCUGGGGGGACGUUUGAGAGGAAAGAGGAGGAGGGCGAGGAGGAGAGUGAGGGGGGAGGAAAGAGAGGAGGUGAUGGAGAACUUGGAGGAGAGAAGGUGGAAGAGGGGACGUUUGAGAGAAGGGAGGAGGAGGGUGAGGGGGAGGGUGAGGGUGAGGGUGAAGGGGGGAGUGAGGGCGAAGGGGAGAGUGAAGGAGGGGAGAAGAGCGGAAGGAAGGGCGAGCUGGGAGGGGAGAAGGUGGAAGAGGGGACGUUUGAGAGGAGAGAAGAGGAGGGCGAGGGGGAGGGCGAGGGGGAAGGGGAGUUGGGCGGAGGUAAGGUGGAUGAGGGGACGUUCGAGAGAAGGGAAGAGGAGAGUGAAGAGGAAGAAGGCGAGGGGAGGGGGGGGCAGAAAGCAGAUGGGAAGCUGGGAGGGGCGCAGGUAGCGGAUGGCACGAUUGAGAGGCAGGAGGAGGGCGGGCAGGGGGAGGGGGAAGGGGAGGGCGGAGGGGAGGGCGGAGGAGGUGGCGAAAAGAAGAGUGGGGAGCUGGGAGGAGUGAAGGUGGACGAUGGGGCGUUUGAGCGGAGCGAGGAGGGAGAGGGCGGGGAGGAGGGAGGGGAAGGUGGCGGGCAGGGGCAAGCAGGGGGGGGUGAGGCUUCUGUUGGUGGAAGCAGUGGGGCAGAGGGGCGGACGGAAGGGGAGGGGCAGAGAGGAGGAGGAGGUGGUGGAGAGGGGGGCGAGGCGAAGACCACAGAAGCAGAAGCAGAGAGUGAAGAGCCAAUGCUGGACCACAUACCCGGCAGCAUGGUGAAGGGGCGAGCGGCGGUGGAGGCGGUGGAUCGCGCGUUGGAGUGUGUGAUGAAGGACGGGCGGUGGAAGGCGAACGACGAGAUGCGCGUGCUGCCGUGGAGCCGCAACCCCGGCAGCGACCCGCAGCUGCCCAACUAUGGCACCUGCGACCUCCUGCACGAGACAGAAGCUGGCGGGGUGAUGGGAGAUGUGGCGGACGAGAUAGUGCGCUCCAACGGCAGCCCUGCGGACUGGAAGGUUCGGCCGGAGCUGCUGUUCGACUGGAAGCCAGCCACGGGCCGGGGGUGCCCGCCGUAUGUGCCGUUCACAAGAGACAAGUUCUGCCGCCUGGUGGGGCGGCGCAACGUGGUGAUGGUGGGCGACGGCUCCCAGCUGGCUCUGCAUGACGUGUUCCUCAACAACGUGUACUCGCUGCAGGCGGUGGACCAGAUGGGCAAUUUGGAAGACGCAUGGGAGCGCGACGGCGAGCCGGACUGUGCAGACCAGGGCCACGUGGUGUGCAGCGACAUCACCCCAGGGGGCUUCACCUUCCGCGUGGUGCACAACAACCUGCUGUCGGCGGACCUGGCGGGGGGAGGCAAGUUCAACAAGCGGUGGAUCAAGCGCCUGGCGGGGUGGAACACGUCCAUUGUGAUCAUCAACAAGGGCGCCGAGCUGCGGCCCAGUGCGUCUAAACGAUACGUGGAGACCCUGCGAGACACGAUGCAGCUGCUGCGGCGCAAGGCACCGGACGUGCUGGUGGUGUUCCGCAGCACGUGGCGCGGCCACGUGGACUGCGGGCGGGCCGAGGGGCCACUGAAAGCCGUGCCGGGGAAGGGAGACGCCACCCUGCCGUGGGACUAUGUUCUCGAGCAGAACGCUGCUGCACGUGCCAUCAUGAAGGAGUACGGCGGUGUGUACCUUGACAUCGACACGCCCCUCUCCAUGCGGCCGAACGGCCAUCUGCGCAAGCUGAGCGGCGCCAUGGACUGCUACCACUACUGUGUGCCGGGGCCGCUCGACAUCUUCAUGCGCUCGCUGCUCAACCUGCUCAUGGUGCUCAAGCAGCAUGAAUCGCUCUCGUGACACGUGGUUAUGACACGCUCUCGUGACACGUGGUUAUGACACGCUCUCAUGACACGCUGUCAUAUUGAGUGUUACGAAAUCAGAGACAUGGCAAUAGCGGAUGGUCACCACUUCCCAAAAUGGGACUGCCACCCUACCAGUAGGGUGACGCCCCUUAACAUCCAUGCUCCUGUUCCAGCAGCGUCAGUCGAGCGGCAGGAUCCCUCCCUCGUGAUAGCCCCUCUUGGAGCGCAUCAGGGGCAUGGCACCAGAGAGCUGCAACAAGAUCCAACACUUGUUCGGAGCUUAGCAAACAACACGAGUCGCUGUGAUGACUUAUGGUAGUGCCUUACAGAGUGGCAACGUAUCGCCAGAUCCCUGAAGGAAACGAGGCGCAGAAUAGAGCAAUCAGUGGCAUGCCAGGGUUUGACCAUCGCUGCACAUGCCUUGCUUGAGUUCUGUGUUGUGACAGAUGCCGUGCACCUUGCAAGUCCCCCGUGCGUUGAGUCUCACAU